UGGCAACAAAAUCAUUUAUUUUGUUUAUUGUCAUUUCUUUUCGCUUCUGUCAAAUUUGAUAGUGAUAAGCUACAUUUUGUAAUAUCAUGGAGAAUUUAGAAGAUAUCUACAAUUUACUCUUUAGCGCUAGAAAAUUAGAGAGAGAUCAAGGAAUGAAUCACUUAAAAGAAUACAUGAAUAAAGCUUCAAUUGAAACCAUUCAUUCGGUUGAAAAAAUAUUGCUGGAUAAAUUAAACUCAUCUGAAGGUGGAUGGGAAUCAAAACACGGUGCACUUUUAGGUGCCAAGUCUGUAAUAAUGCAAUUAAAAGGGAAUAAUUUGGAUGAAAAUACUUUAUCAUUUCUUCAAAGCGUUUACGAACGUAGUUUGGGAUUUUUGACUGACAACGAAGUGAGAAUACGAUUGGCGGCAGGAGAAGUUUUGGGAAGUUUGUGUUAUUUAAAAGGGCCUGAAGUGUAUAAUCAAUGUAAAGAUUAUCUUCUGCAGUUAAUCAAAGAUAACAUGGAACGUGAUGUUAUGGAUACAAGUGAUUCCAGUGAGGUUUUUAGUUCGGAUGCAGAGGGUGAUACAAAUCAACCUCCAAAAGGACAAAGAGUUCGACGACUCAGCUCUGAUGCUUCACAAAUCUUUCAUGAUACUGCAGGAUGGAAAUGCCUUGAAACAAGCAUGAAAUGUUUGCAGUUUAUGGUUGAUGGAUGUGGUGAACAUUUUAAGCCAAUGAUUACCAAUGAAUUUCUAGACUUACUGUUCAAGACACUGUCGCAUACAAAUCGAUUUGUUAGAGAGACUGGUUACUAUGUGCUAGCAUCUUUGGUCAGUUGCGGAACAUCUUGCAAAGACAAUGCAUAUAAUGCUUUUGCUGCUGAAAACUUUGGGCAUCAAAUAAGUGUACAGUUGGGUAUUGGACUAAGUGAUAAUUGGAGCCAAGUGAGGUUAGCAUCAUCUGAAUGUGCACGAAAAUUUCUUCUAUCUUUUGAAAGUGAAGAAGAACGAGAAGCAUUUUUUCCUACUUUACUGCCUAAAAUGUGCUUAAACAGAUAUUAUAUUGCUGAUGGUGUAAGAAUAUAUUCUCAAGAAAGCUGGCGUAGAAUAGUGAAAGAAAAUGGAAGAAUGUUUGUGAAAAAAUAUAUUGACAAUUUUGUGCAACAUUAUAUAUCCCAAACUAAAGCUGAUAACCAUGCAGUCCGAGAAGCUGCUUGUGCUUGUAUUGCUGAGUUGGCUUCAAAAAUUGAUCAUGAAGCUACAAAACCAUAUGUACCACAGUUGCUGCAAACACUUCUUGAUUGUUUUUGUGAUGAUAGCUGGCCUGUUAGGGAUGCUGCAUGUCUCGCUUGUGGAAAUUUUGUUCUCUGUUUUCCAAAUGAAUCAAAAGCUGUACUGGAAAAGUUGUAUCCCUUAUUUUUCACAAAUCUGAAAGAUGGAAUUCCAUCUGUGCGACAGGGUGCAGCUGGUGCUUUGGCAAAUGUUGUUAAGGCAUAUGGUGUAGAAGCUUACCUGACUAUCAAACCUCAAAUAAUUGAAGGAUUGAAAGGAGUGAAAGAGCAACCAUCCGAGUCAGAAAAAUAUGGUGCACUGGAUAAAGGUCCUGCAACAUUUGGCGUUGUUAAAAGACUCAGAGACAAUGAUAUGGACCUUCAUACAAACCAACAGAUGUACUCUUGUGGUUCUCUUGCACCAAAAAUGGGUCGUGGUGGUGGAUGCAGUGAUCAUAAAUUUCGGAAACCAUCUGAACCCUGGGAAUUGGCUGAUGGAUGUAUCCAUCUGGUUGCUGAGCUGUCACAGAUAAAUGAACUCACUUCUCAUAUUUGUGAAAUCAUUCCUCUUCUUCAUGAAGCUGCCAGUUUUAAACAUUACACUCACCAUGUUUGCUUACUGGAAUCUCUUUGUAAACAGUUACCAAAUCUUUGCAAAGGAAUUGGGAAAAGGCAUUUCAAACAGUUUUUAGAGAUGUUUUUAGAGGACAUAUUUUAUAGCUUGACAUGUGAAAAUAUAUUAACCUCCAGUGCAGCUAGUCAGUGCUUGACCUUGCUUUCCAACAUGUUAGGUCCAAAUAUUUUGCGAGCCAGAGUUGAAAACUUAAAUCCUGGAUAUCUUAAACUCAUGGAAACAAAUAUGAUGGUGGAUCCUUAAAGGUCAUGAUACAUAUUCUGUUGUGUACAAAAUGUAUGUAGGCAAGCAAGUUUAUUUAUGAUUUUACAGACCAUGUGAGCCACUAAUUCUUUUGAUUAUGUAGAAAUUUGAUUUCAAAAUAAAAUUUUAUAUUACUUUUUAAAA